ACAUAAAUUUACCAUCUGGUUUAAUAAAAUCGGCUCAGUGCGUCAUUCGCAAUAACAAUAUUACAAUGCCGCAAGCGUUAAUAAUUGCAGUUGUAAUUGCACUACUAAAUCCAAUUAGUCGACAUAACGUCGAGGGUGGUUUCACAGAAGGCGCCCCUUGCAGCUCCAGGAACACUGCAUAUCUCAACCCGUCAAAAGCGCUUUUUCCCUCGGAUCCGGUAAAAUGUGUCGACAUAACAGGAAUGGGAAAAUCACUCGUGUUUCACGAACAGUGGCCGAUACAGCAAGCCGACACCCUUUACGCUGACCACAUGGACCUGACAAGAAUAAAUCGCACAAUAUUUACAUUCAUGCCUAAUUUAGAAUUGGUCGAUUUUACUGGAAAUAGAAUCCGGAGAAUUCCAAUGUACAUAAGUGGCAUUAUUCCAAAAUUGACGACGUUUCUUUUAGCCAAGAAUAGGGUUCGCUUACCAAAACAGAGACCUCUUAUGAAAUCAAACACUGUGAAGACGUUGAUGUUGAGCCAUAAUAAAAUUAGAGCUUUGCAAACGAUGACAUUUACCAAAUUACCAUCUUUACGAGUUCUCUAUUUGGACAGUAAUUAUCUUCAAUUUAUAACUCCAAUAAUGUUUCGUUCCUUAAUUAACCUCAGAUAUUUACAUUUAGGAAACAAUCUAUUGAAACAAGUGCCUUCGAAAAGUUUGAUGCCUAACUCCUUAAGUGUUUAUAUUGUUAAAGGCAAUAAGUUGGAACGCAAAAAGAAAAUUAAAUCGCAAAUUAAUUAAUGUAAUAAUUUUGGUUUUUACAGAAACAUAAUUAAAUUGUGAAUCUAAUACUAGAAAAUAUUAUUUUUAUUUGUUAGAAACUAGUAAAUGUAAGACAAUAAAAAGUAGUUUCGAAAUA